AUGCUGCGCUCGCGACCCGUUUACCUCGUCGACUUCGCGUGCUUUAAGCCGCCGGAAUCGCUCGCCAUGACCAUCAAGGGCGCGCUGGAGCACGCGAGGAAAAUCGGGCGGUUCGAUGAGAAGUGCCUUGAGUUCCAGGGCAAGGUGCUCGAACGCGCGGGGCUAGGCGACCGCACGUGCCUGCCUCCUGGGUUCGUGAACCUCCCUCUCAACCAGUCCCUUGGCGAGGCGCGGAAUGAGGCUGAAAUGGUUAUCUUCGGCGCGUUGGACGAGCUGUUCGCGAAGACCAGGCUCAAGCCUCGCGACAUUGAUAUCCUCAUCGUGAACUGCAGCGUCUUCUGCCCGACGCCGUCUCUGUCCGCCAUGAUCAUCAACAAGUACAAGAUGCGCAGCAACAUCCGGUCGUUCAACCUCGGCGGCAUGGGCUGCAGCGCGGGAGUCAUCUCUGUGGAUCUGGCGCGCGAUAUGCUUCAGGUGCACGGGAACUCGUACGCUGUGGUGGUUUCCACCGAGAACACCACCCAGCAGCUCUACUUCGGCAACAAAAAAUCCAUGCUCAUCCCCAACUGCAUCUUCCGCAUCGGCGCCGCCGCGCUGCUGCUGACGAACAAGAACAGCGAGAGCUGGCGCGCCAAGUACAAGCUGCAGCACCUGGUGCGCACGCACAUGGGCGCCAACGACAAGCACUACCAGUGCGUCUUCCAGGAGGAGGACGACCAGAAGAUCGUGGGCGUGUCGCUUUCGCGCGAUCUCAUGUCCGUCGCAGGCGAGGCGCUCAAGACCAACAUCACGACGCUCGGCCCGCUGGUGCUGCCGCUGUCGGAGCAGCUGCUGUUUGCGGCCGUGCUCAUCGCGCGCAAGGUGUUCCGCAUGAAGCUCAAGCCGUACAUUCCGGACUUCAAGCUCGCGUUCGAGCACUUCUGCAUCCACGCAGGCGGCCGUGCCGUGCUGGACGAGCUGGAGAAGAACCUGGAGCUGACGCCGUGGCACAUCGAGCCGUCGCGCAUGACGCUGUACCGCUUCGGCAACACGUCGUCGUCGUCCGUGUGGUACGAGCUGUCGUACACCGAGGCCAAGGGCCGCGUGCGACGCGGCGACCGCGUGUGGCAGAUCGCGUUCGGGUCCGGGUUCAAGUGCAACAGCGCCGUGUGGAAGGCGCUGAGGACGGUGCGAGCGGAUAAGAACCUGGGCCCAAACGCUGAGGAUAUGGAGGAGGUGCCGGUUCCCACGGGCACGCGAUACCGCAAGGCCUCUCGCCGCGCCUUGCCGCCGCGCCGAUUCCUCAACCAGGUGCGGUAUAACCUGGCGGAAGCGGCGCAGGCGGCGCGCAUCUUCGAGCCGUGCGACGCCGCCCUCACCGACCACACGCCGUGCGAAGAUCCCAAUCGCGCGAAGCUUUUCCCCAAGACAGCCAUGAUGCACCACGAGCGGCACUGCCCGCCAGUGCGCGAGGUGAAGCAGUGCCUCAUUCCGCCACCCGUCGGGUACAAGUCGCCGCUCCCCUGGCCGCAGAGCCGCGUGGAAGCGUGGUACGUGAACGUGCCGCACAAGCACUUGACGACGGCGAAGGCGGACCAGCACUGGAUCCAGUACGAGGAGGAAACGGAGAAGUUUCUGUUCCCUGGCGGCGGGACCAUGUUCCACGACGGCGCGGAUGCUUACAUCGAGGAGCUCGGAAAGAUUCUUCCGCUCACAGACGGGUCGAUUCGCACCGCGCUGGACACGGGCUGCGGGGUGGGCAGCUUCGGCGCGUACAUGCUGAACCGCGGCAUUCUGACCAUGUCGCUGGCGCCGCGCGACGGGCACGAGGCGCAGGUGCAGUUUGCGCUGGAGCGCGGGCUGCCCGCCAUGAUCGGCGUGCUGGCCACGAAGCGCCUGCCGUAUCCGCCGCGCUCCUUCGACCUUGCGCACUGCUCGCGCUGCCUCAUCCCGUGGGCCCGCGAAGAUGGUCGUCUCCUGGCGGAAAUCGACCGCGUGCUGCGCCCGGGCGGCUUCUGGGUGCUGACAGGCCCGCCCAUCUACUGGAAGCACUACGCCAGCGGGUGGAACCGCCCCGAGGCGGACCUUGCGGCGGAGCAGGCGGAAAUUGAGCGCACGGCGGAGAGCCUGUGCUGGCGGAAGUACGCGGAGAAGGGCAUGUUCGCGGUGUGGCAGAAGCCGCUCGACGGGGAAUGCCUCAAGGGGAAGGCGGCGGAAGGGAACAGUGUUCCGCCCAUGUGCCCCGCGGCGGAGGAUCCGGAUCUGUCGUGGUACACCCCCAUGCCCGCGUGCCUCACCCCCGUGCCGGCCGUCACUGACGCGAACGGUGUUCCUGGCGGCAGGCCGGCGAACUGGCCGGAAAGGCUGACGGCCGUUCCGCCCCGCAUCGCGCUGAACCUCGUUCCCGCUGCGUCCGCUUCCGCCGAAGCAACUGACGGAGCGGAGAUGGUUCUGGGCAACGGCGGCGCUGAUACGCUGGCGUCCGCGGACGGGUUCCGCGCGGACACGGAGGAGUGGCGGCGCCGCGUGCGUUGGUACAAGGAGAAACUGCUCCCGGGGCUGGGGCAGGGGCGGUACCGCAACAUCAUGGACAUGAACGCGCGCGAUGGCGGCUUCGCGGCAGCGCUGGCGGAAGCGGAGGACCCCGUGUGGGUGAUGAACGUGGUGCCCGUGGAGCGCGGAACCGCCAUCGGCGCGGACGGGGAGCCGCCGGCGGGCGCAGGGGCGGGCGUGGAGGCCGUUGCGACUUCCCCCUCGACGGUGGCUUUUUCGGCUGCGGACACGCUUGGGGUGAUUUACGAGCGCGGGCUGCUGGGAUCGUACCAGGACUGGUGCGAGGCGUUUUCGACGUACCCGCGCACGUACGACCUGGUCCACGUGUCGAACCUGUUUUCCAAGUGGGUGAAGCGGCCGUGCCCCGUGGAGCACGUGUUGCUAGAGAUGGACCGCAUUUUGCGGCCGGAGGGCGCGGUGUUGAUUCAUGAUGAAUUGCCCGUGCUGCAGCAGCUGCUGCGCCUCGCGCCCGGGCUCCGUUGGGACGCGCGCAUUGAGAGCAGCGGCGGGGAGGUCGGCGCGCAGGGCGAGGCGGUGCUGGUGUGCGCCAAGAAGUACUGGACUGCGGGGUGA